AUGAUGUCUCUGUCGAGGACAGUCGCUCCCCGAGCGCUACGAGCGUCAACCAUCCUCCCAAACUCGCUCAUCCGCGCCGCCCCAGCCGCUUCCAUCUCCUCGACCUCUUCGAACCCCGCCACCUCGGUUGUCUCGCAGGCACCCACCCCAAGCGGCGAUGCGUCGCGACUCCCCGUCACCGGCGGUAUUCGUCGUGAAGUGCCCCUCCCGUCGCAAGAUCAGAAGAAAGGAGCCAUGCAAUUCGCCCUCACCACACUAGAUCAGAUCGCAAACUGGGCUCGUCAGGGUUCACUGUGGCCCCUCACCUUCGGUCUCGCGUGUUGCGCCGUCGAAAUGAUGCACCUCUCCACCCCGCGAUAUGACCAGGAUCGUCUGGGAAUCAUCUUCCGCGCGUCGCCCAGACAAAGCGACGUAAUGAUUGUGGCGGGAACACUCACCAACAAGAUGGCCCCCGCGCUGAGACAGGUGUACGACCAGAUGCCGGAGCCUAGAUGGGUGAUCUCCAUGGGAUCCUGUGCCAACGGUGGAGGUUACUAUCACUACAGUUACAGUGUGACGAGGGGCUGUGAUCGCAUUGUUCCUGUGGACAUUUAUGUGCCGGGGUGUCCACCCACGAGUGAGGCGUUGAUGUACGGCAUCUUUCAAUUGCAGAAAAAGAUGAGACAUACACAGAUCACGAGACUGUGGUACAGAAAGUAA